GUUCACAUCUGUGCGGGUGGUGCCGCUGUGGAUCCGCACGGAACUCCAUGCAGCCGCACCACCCGCACAGAGAAUUGUGGACCCGCAGACCGGUGCCAUUAGUUCUAAUGUCACGCCGCCCGCACUGGGAAACGCAUCCGUACUGGGAACCGAGGUUCCCGUGUGGGCUGCGUUUUCCAAAGAAGUGCAGAGACUUCUUCCCUGCGUGUCACGGGCAUGGGAGUCCAUUCAAAUGAAUGGGCUCUCGUGCCCGGGCGCGGCUUGACCAUUUGGAAAUUC